AUGCUCCUUAACGCCACCGUCCCUCUGUCGGUGGACUUCGACAGUCCGGGGGACUUCCUCAUCUUCCUCUUCCACAUUCUGUUCGCCACCGGCGCCGUGCUCGUCGCCGGCUCGGUGGUCCUCGGGAUCUCCUGCGCCCGGUCGCUGCGAGGCCAGAACCGUUUUAUAUUCAUGCUGAACACGAGCAUCAGCGACACUCUGACCGGCCUCUCGGUGUACUACCUCGGCCUCUUCGACGUCCAGGAGGGCUACCCCUCGAGGAACGGGACGUACUACAUUUUACCCUCAUUCCUGGGCGUCAAUGUGUUAACCUUCCUCUUCGCCCAGUUUGACCGCUACCUCGCCGUGUGCCAUCCGUUCUUCUACAACCGCUACGUUACGCGGUCCGUGGUCGUCGCGGUCUGCGCGUUCUGCUGGCUUUACACGUACACCAUCCUCACGGUGCAGAACAUGGUGCCCGUCUCGAAGGCGGCUCAGAUAAACGCGUUUGGCGUGAUGACCCUACAGGUUAUAGUUCUCACCAAAGUGUUGAUGACGAUUAAAUUAUACAUCAUCGCCAGGAGUCACCUGGUGAGAGACGCGCCCAGUGCCGAGAGAGACAACAAGAAGGAGUCGCUGCGCAUCAUUGUGUUUGUGGUCAUUUGCUUCCUGGCUCUGUGGUGUCCGUCCUUCGUCAAUAUAAUUGUGCGACAGUUGACCAGGAAGGGUCUGAGGUUUAGGAACGAGGCCACCAACCUGUUCGCCAUCAUGGCACGCCUAAACGCACUGGUCACCCCGGCCCUGUACAUCUGGGGGAGCCCGGCGCUGCGGGGGGUCAUACGGAGAACAGUGUGGCGGAGGAUCUGCCCCGGGCGGCGGGCCAGAAUCGGCUUUAACUCUGAUGGAGCGGCGGACAAACCGUAA